CGAUUCCGUACGUAGUUCUCGAGAAGAUCAGCUCUCCGUAGCGUAGGAUCGCAGAGGGAGCAUUUCGCCGAGAGCGCACACACGCAUAUAUAUAUAUAUAUAUAUGCGCGAAGUUGCCGAGGAACGGAGGUGUGCGGCAGGGCGCGGGAGCCCCUCGCGGGAGCGCCUCGCGCCGGGAGCAUGGCCGACGCUCGCGCAGAGUGCAGCAUCCGAGUGCUGUGCCGCUUUCGCCCUUUCAAUGAUGCCGAGGUCCGGCGAGGGGACCUCUUCUUCCCCACCUUCCAGGGGGACGACACCGUCGUUGUCGGGGGAAAGUCUUACAUCUUUGACCGGGUGUUUCCCACCAACACUACGCAGGAACAGGUCUACAACACCUGUGCCAAACAGACAGUGAAAGAUGUUUUGUCAGGAUACAAUGGCACCAUUUUUGCCUAUGGACAGACCUCCUCUGGGAAGACCUAUACCAUGGAGGGGAAGCUGCACGAUGAACAGCAAAAGGGAAUAAUUCCCAGGAUUGCUAGUGAUAUUUUCAACUACAUCUUUACUAUGGAUGAGAACCUGGAGUUCCAAAUCAAGGUGUCAUAUUUUGAAAUAUAUAUGGAAAAAAUCCGGGACCUUUUGGAUGUAUCCAAAACCAACCUGUCAGUCCAUGAGGAUAUGAACCGAGUCCCUUAUGUAAAGGGUUGUACUGAACGUUUUGUGUCCAGCCCUGAAGAAAUUAUGGAUGUCAUUGACGAGGGAAAGGCCAAUCGCCAUGUUGCUGUUACAAACAUGAAUGAACACAGCUCCCGCAGCCAUAGCAUCUUCCUAAUUGACAUCAGGCAGGAGCAUUUGGAGACAGAGCAAAAACUCAGUGGGAAACUCUACCUUGUGGAUCUGGCUGGCAGCGAGAAGGUCAGUAAGACGGGUGCUGAAGGAGCUGUGCUGGAUGAGGCCAAGAACAUCAACAAGUCGCUGUCGUCGCUUGGCAACGUCAUUUCUGCACUGGCCGAGGGUUCUAAAGUCCAUGUUCCAUACAGAGAUAGCAAGAUGACCCGGAUCCUGCAGGACUCACUAGGGGGGAACUGUCGCACCACCAUGUUCAUUUGCUGCUCCCCUUCCAGCUUUAAUGAUGCGGAGACCAAGUCCACUCUCAUGUUUGGACAACGUGCAAAGACCAUCAGGAACACCGUUUCUGUAAAUGUUGAGCUGACGGCAGAGCAGUGGAAGAGGAAGUAUGAGAAGGAGAAGGACAAGAGCAAGAACCAGAAGGAGACCAUAAAAAUGCUGGAGGCUGAACUGAACUGCCGACGUAAUGACCUGCUCCUUCCCCGUCUUCAAGGAGAGAACAUUCUGGAAAGAGAGCCGCUGGAGGCCCUUGGCAGCAGAAGCUCCUCCAUUAUGAUCUGCAUCUCGGAGGAGGAGCGGAAGAAGUACGAGGAGGAGAUCGACAGGCUGCACAGCAAGCUGGACGAUAAGGAUGAUGAAAUACUGAAGCACAGCCAGGUGGUGGAGGAGCUGAGGGAGCACAUGAGGGAGCGUGACAAGCUGGUGGCAUCAAUACGCAGGCAUAGCGAAGACGUGCAGACGCACAUGCGCCGGCUGCAGGGGGAGAACGACUGUGCCAAGGUCGAGGUGGAGGAGGUGUUGCAGGCCUUGGAAGAGUUGGCCCUUAACUAUGACCUCAAGAGCCAGGAGGUGGAGGACCAGAGCCUGCAAAGUCAGCUGCUGGCUGCAGAGCUUGCCCAGAAAAUGACGCACCUGCAGGCCCUGGAGACAGAGCUGUCACGCAUGCAAAAAGAGAGCGGACAGCAGCGGAAACGGAUUGCGAAGGUGCUCAACGGCCUCAUGCAGGACCUUAGCGAGUUCAGCAUGGUUGUAGGGAACAGGAAGAUCAGACUGCCAGUGGAAGUCAGCAGUGCCCUGGAGGAGGAGUUUACGGUGGCACGGAUUUACAUUGCCAAGAUCCGGUCGGAGGUGAAGUACAUGGUGAAGCGCUGCCGGCGGCUGGAGAACCUGCAGCAGGAGUGCCAUCGUAAGAUGCAGGAGACAGGGAGUGAACUGUCCUCCUGCCAGCUGCUCAUCUCACAGCAUGAGGCGAAUAUCCACUCGCUGACAGAGUGCAUGCAGAACGUGGAGAUGACAAAGAGGGAGCUGGAGGACAGUUUCCAUGCACUUAGUGAGGAAAUGGCAAUACUCCAGGGCCAGGAUUCUCCGGAGAAAGAGAGGAACAAGAAAGAGCCGCGAGAGGGAAGCAGCGUAAAGGAAGAGGAGCGUCACCGCGAAGCCCCCUACAAGCAGUUUGGACAUCUGCAAGACGACAUCAACAAGAAGCAAAAGAUCAUCGGAGAGCUGAAAGACCGGAACCAGAAGCUUGAGUUGGAGUUGGAGCAGCUACGCAGUGACUUUGCGUGUCUUUGGAGCCAAGAGCAGGAGAAGAGUAAACAAGUGGAGGAACUUAGAUCCCAGCUUGAGCAGUGUGACUCGUCAAGGCAGGGUGUCAAGGAGCUGGAGAGGACGGUGAAUGAACUUCAACGGCUCCACUACCUGCGGAAAUUAUUUGUUCAGGAACUCACAGCUCAGUAUAGUAACAUUGCAGAAGUGGGGCUCGGUGAGCGUGAGGGAGCAACUACCCAGAAGGAGAGGAUCUCCUUCCUUGAGAACAACCUGGAACAUCUCACCAAAAUUCAUAAGCAGUUGGUACGGGACAACAUGGAGCUGCGCAGCGAUCUUCCCAAACUGGAGCGACGUCUUCAGCGCACCGCCGAGAGGGUCCGAGCUCUUGAGGGAGCCCUGCGGGGGGCGAAGGCAGGGGCUGCCAGGGACCGUCUUUUCUAUCUGCAGGAAGUGGAGCGCCUCAAGGAUUUCAUGAAGUCCAGGAGGUCCCAUCACUGUCCCUGUCCUGCACCGACAGCCAGGCUGUGCGCCCCUCGAUGCUCCUCCGCCGGCCGUCAUGUCGGAAGUGCUCGAGACUCCCCUGUCAGCUUCAGCAACGCAAUGUUCCAGCGCAACGUUCCAUGUCAUCCCCUACAGACGAACACAGCGCCCCUCGGCACAAGUGCCAACAAGACCAGCUAUACACAGUCCCCUAACUCAUGUACGCUCCAAGCCAACAGUGGCAAAAUAAGGGACAUCAAUGACAAUAGUGAAAUGGAGACCCCAUCCAAACUGUACAGCAGUGAGCAGGAGGCAGAUCCAGUCCAAUGACACAGGGGGUGAGAGCAUCCACUGAGUUCCAAGACACCAGGUCUUCCCACAUCUCCCCGAUGAACCCGCAUGUCCGCUGCCAGCAAUUUAGCACCUCUUCUGAAUCCCACAUUUCCCCUGUAUGCAUUUCCAUGGCAGCCUGUGCUCUCUGUUCGAUGUCCUGAAUUCUCCUUUAUAAUUCCAUAGUUUACACUGAUACUGAAUAGUGUUGAAAAGUACAACUUUUAAAACCACCCAUCAGUCCCCGGUGGUUCUCUCCAACUCUUGAGGCAUUAUCACAGCUGUUAAUGUCUUCUGUUUUUAGUGCUAUUAACAAUGAUGUUGGUGUACCGUUUUCUUUUUGCAUUUUAAUGUGGAUGUGGCUAAGGUUCAGAUCACAAAAUAUAGAAAAUAUCAGGCUGCUCUACUGUAAUCAAAACAAUGAGGUUUGACACGAUCAUCUCAUUACAUUUUGUCUCACUGUGAACCAAGGAAGAAGAAACAUCUACAUAACCCAGAAACCAAGCUUGAUCUAAAGGCUAUAAUGAGGGGUAGAUUUGUAAACUACAGUAUCCAUCAAAAUUCCUAAUUUUCCACGCUACCCCUCUUCUUCUUCAUCAGUUUGUCUGGUCACGUAGAAGAAGAGAGGUCCAUAGGGUUGCAGAGUAGAGGCUGGGGUUGGUUGAGGCAAAUUCAAGCUUCUCCAAAGUUAUAGUGCCUGGUUCCUCCUUUAUCUCAGGACGAUACUACCAAACACUCAUAGUCUCAGGUCCUAGAGUAGAUACAACAUCCUAGCUUUUCCAGCUGCAUUGUGAAUCAUAGGCUUUAAGCAUGAGACUAAUGCGAUCAAGCAUGCAACAUACCAUGCAGAUGGCCCCUCUGCACCUUCCUUCAAGCUCUUUUCCUUUAGUACAAACAAAACGGAGAAAGGAGGUAGCACUUUCUUUUGCACUGUUAUUUUUGCACAUAAAAUAUGUCCUGUACAUGUGUGCCUGAGUUUGCUGUAUGACAGUGAAUGGAGAAAAGCAAGAUCAAAAUGAGAGUUAUCGUUGUUGACAUAUUUGUUUUGAUUACUUAAGUGUGUAUAUCGUAUAUGAAGUGGGACGUGCCCACAGUUCC